AUGGCGCGAAGGUAUCGCGAUGCGGCUGCAAAAUUACAGGAAAAUGUUCACAAGCAUUUAAAAGAAAUGAAAGACCUGUCUUCCUCUGAAGAUGAGGAGCCUUACGAGCCGAGCGUCCUGGAAGGUGUAUUCCAAAGCUAUUGGCGAGGUGGCGGCGACAAACAGAUGCUGAAUAGAACAAAGAACCUUCUCGAAGAAGCUUUAAGUGGCCGGUCUGUUACGUGUUUAAUUUGCAUAGGAUCUAUCAAGAGAGUCGAUGCUAUAUGGACUUGCGAUCACUGCUUUUCUUAUUUUCAUCUUAUAUGCAUUCAAAAAUGGGCAAAUGACUGUACAAGUCUGCGUUUAGAUGAGCCUCAGGCUCCAAUCGCCGUGUGUAAGCCAAAGAAAAUAGAAUGGUGCUGUCCGAAGUGUAGGAACUCAUACACUAAAGAGGAAAUACCGCGUAAGUACCGAUGUUUUUGUGGAAAAACUGAUGAUCCACCCUAUCAUCCUUGGUUAGUGCCACACACUUGUGGAGAAGUUUGCGGUAGACGUUUGUCACAAGGUGAUAAUUGUAAACAUAAGUGUUUACUGCUCUGCCAUCCUGGUCCAUGCCCUCCUUGUCCCCAAACUGUUAACGGCAUUUGCUAUUGUGGUAAAGAACAGAAGAAAGUAAGAUGUAGCACAGCAAAAUGGCCCUGUGGCCAGCCAUGCCAGAAAAAACUGCUUUGCAAAUCUCACAGCUGCAAAAAUCUAUGCCAUGAAGGAGACUGCCCUCCGUGCACAUAUACUAGUCUACAAAGUUGUCUGUGUGGUUCAGAAACCAUAAAAAGACCUUGCUAUGACGUCAAAUGGCGAUGUACAAAAGUUUGUGGCAAACCAUAUUCUUGUGGUUAUCACAAAUGUCAAGAAGUAUGUCAUGCUGGAUCUUGUGGCCCUUGCCCCAAUUCUGGUUUGAUGUCAUGUCCAUGUGGUGCUAAUCAACAGUAUGUACAGUGUCCUGACACCAUAGAAACAUGUUUAGGCACUUGUGGAAAGAAACAUGAUGAUUGUGAACAUCUUUGUCCAGAAAAGUGCCACAAAGGUCAAUGUCCUCCGUGUCGAGUGCAGAUUGAAAAGAAAUGUGUUUGUUCAACACACACAAGAUCAUUACCAUGCAGCAAGGAGUUUAAAUGUGAGACAAAGUGCAGAGGCAUCAGGCCAUGUGGAAAGCAUUAUUGUGCACGUAAAUGUUGCAAUGGUAGUUGUCCGCCCUGUGAAAAAAUAUGUGACAAACCUUUACAGUGUGGACGACAUAAAUGUACCACAAUUUGCCAUGGAGGACCAUGUUAUCCGUGCACUAGAGAGUCUAAAAUAACAUGUAAAUGUAAAGAAACAUACAUUACAGUUCCGUGUGGCAGAGAGAGGAAUAUCAAACCACCAAAAUGUCAUUUACCUUGUAAGUUUAAAUAUAAGUGUGGACACAUAGAUGAAAAUAAACACACCUGCCACUUUGGGGCCUGCCCAUCUUGUAAGGCUAUUUGCAAAAAACCCUACAGUAAGUGCGGUCACACUUGUGAAGCACUAUGUCAUGAGUAUGUAACUGUGGUUUUCAAACAAGUAGAAAAAGCAGUGAUGCCUUGGGAAGUGCAACCACCCAAAGCUAAGGUUGUCGCGUUGGACUGUCCGCCGUGUAAAAUUCCUGUCCCAGUCGUUUGUUUCGGUGAACACGACACGGAGAUGCAGCCGUGUCACUCGGCGGCGCGACGGUGUUGCGGCAGAGAAUGCGGUAAAGAUCUCGCCUGCGGUAAUCAUAAGUGUUCACUUUUAUGCCACUUGUACAGUUCAGAUCCUAAUUAUCCAAAUGUGCCUUUUACUUGCAAACCGUGUAAUAGAGAGUGUAUGAAGCCGCGGCCCGAAAAAUGUUCGCAUAAAUGUUCAAAACGUCAAUGUCAUCCUGGAUCGUGUCCUCCGUGUGAGGUGAAAGAGUUUAUCAAAUGCCACUGUGGACUCACAGAACUAUACUUAGCGUGUCACGAAUUUAUAAUCGCCACAGAUGAACAGUUAUGUUGCAAACAACAGUGUCCAAAAAUACUAGAUUGUGGACAUAAAUGUAAGAGUAUAUGCCACAAAGGUCCUUGUGGAGUUAAUCAAGUGUGCACGAAAAAGACGAAAGUAUACUGCUCAUGUGGAAAUUUGAAGAAAGAAGCACCAUGCAAUCUUGUUAGAAAUUCUGAAGUCAGUAUAGCUUGUGAUGACACAUGCCAGGCUAAAAAACUCGCGGCUCUUGCUGAGAAAGAAAAAGAAGAAAAGAGACAGAAAGAGUUGGAAGAAGAGAGAAACAGGAGAGAGCUAGCGGAGUAUGAAUGGAAAAUAAGCGGGAAAAAGAAGAAAUACAAAGAGAAGAAAGUUGUUGUUAAUCAAGACAACAGAAACUUUGUUCAGAAAUAUAGGGUUCCUAUUUUGUCAUUGUGUAUUGUCAUCGGACUAUUAUUACUAACGGGGGUGCUGUGGGGUUGCACAAACCCCUUUAUCCGCCAGGGUACGAAGGGGUUGCGAUCGGUGCACGCCAACUCAAAGAUUGGACAGGCGUACGCGGAAGUUGUGUUUUUACUGUCUAAUUGGAGGUACGUGGUCCCGUGGCUGGUGAACCAAGCCGGCUCGCUGGCAUACCUCGCUGCGGUUCAGCGAAUGCCGCUGUCCAUCGCUGUGCCCGCUGCGAACAGCCUCGCGUUCGCGUUCACAGCGCUGACCGGCGCUGCGAUUGGUAGUGAGGAGCCGCUAGACUGGGUGGCAAUACUCGGGGUCGUGUUAAUAGUUGCUGGAACAUUCCUCUGUUGUCUGGACAACGUCGGGUAGUGCAUAAUAUAUUCUUCUAUGAAGAUUAGAUUAUUCUAAAGUCUAACGAACCCUUAUAUCAGAUUUUUAAAUCUAUAUAAUAUUAUCUAUAAUGUUUGUUUGUUUCACAAAAAUUGUAAUAUAUUAAUGAGAUAAUUAAUUAUGUACCUCAAUUUAAAAGCAGUAUUACCUACAGCAAUUGUGUUAUGCUGAAAUGUGUCUUAAUUAUUUGUGAUAACU